UGGGUACGCGGUUAGAUCGACGCGACACACCACAGUCUCAUCUAAACCAUUGCUAUGCGAACAUCUUCCCCAUCAUAGCCGAAACUCUACAUACGACGGGUAGUAACGCGUGCCGGCGUGUCGCGGAAACUUUAAUUUUCCAGAUUCGCGAAUUAUUUUUCCAAAUAUUGUUUUUAAAUAGUUGCCGUCGAAAAUUGGCGGCGUUGGAGGCAUACGGUAAAGUUCUGUGUUGUGUACGUUAAAGUGUUGUAGAUAACUUUUUGAGCUUUUGUAAGAUUUUUUUUUUAAAUUUGUGUGCUUUGUCGGUGCGCCUAAAGAUUUUGUUAGUGUGAAGUGUUUUAUUUAUUUUGUGCACAUUUUUAUUUGGAUUUUUUUGUUCCGGGAUAUUUUUGGAACAAUAUGGAAAGCACGUUUUCGAUUUGCAUACUGUUCGGGGAUUUGUGAUUUAUUUGAUUUUCGAUAGAGCCGCAUUUUAAAAACCGUCUGACAAAUAAAGAUGCUGGGGUGUGCUUACAAGAGAGUAACCUCAGUGUUCAUUUCCGCUUCACCGAAAGAAAUUAACUUCAGUUCGGCCGACGAUAGCCGGUGCUUAGAUAAGUAGAUAAACUAAACUUCCCUUGAAUCAAACAGACAUAAAAUUCGAAAUAAAAUAUAUUAACAAUAGAAAAAAAAAACGAUAUUGAGAUCGCACGAAGCAUCUGAAACUUAACUAGUCAAAGCAACAAAUUUGAAAUCAAUAGCAAUAGAAAGUUACCAAAAAGAGGAAUAGAACAAAACGCUAGAGCGUAUAGUGCUGGAAUCGCCACUGCGGUGGUAUGCUUUAUAUUGCAUCUUGGAUCGACUGUGCGCUGACUGGUCGCUACGUCACGUGGCUUCCCGGCGCGCGUUUGCAGUGCUGGAUGCUACUAACUGUAUACACGUUACCACAGCUUGCCGUCUCUGCGAAGAUAUUGUGCCUCCUGAUGGUGGUGAUCUGCGGUGCGGUGCCAUCGGUGUUCCGGCAAAGUCGCCUAUACAGCCAGUGCUCCCAUAUGUACGUCAACGUGUAUCCAAACGGUACCGUCAUGGCUCGCUCCGAUGGAAACGACCAGCCGAAUCUCACCAUCAGCUCGCGCUUCAGCCUAGAACUGCUAAUCUACUCGCCCAUUCAAGACAUGUAUCUCUGUUUCAAUCGAUCCCGGCUUGUCGGCAGGCGCCUGACACGUUUCCAAGCAGAGAAGCAGCCCAACUGCCUAUUCAAAGAGGAAUUUGUCGACGGCUACAACAGAUACCGACUCGCGAACAACAAAAACAGGUACAUAGGGUUCAACCGGCGCGGGAUGCAGUUGCGUCGUGGCAAGAACAACGUUCCGGAGAGAAUGCACAAGUGUUUCUCCUUCAUGAACGAAGCCCACGACUUCGACAUCAACAGACACAACAGCAUGCUCGCCAAUACCAAGUGGCGCUCACAGCGUAGACGGCCUCCAGCGCAGAACUCCAUCAAGCCUCCGUGCCGCGGUGUGCGCCACCACCACGCCAGGCAUCAGAGGCGGAGGAACUGCGAGGGCACGUAGACAACCUCUCCCGAUAAUUAGCAGCUUCAAGCUUCAACGCUUCGCGCGUUUCGUUGCCAGAGCUGUCGAUGGACUUUGUGAGUGGACAGAGUAUUAGUCAACUACCGCAGUAUUAUUACAGUGACGUGGACAGUGAUAGCAUUAGGUGGGGCGCGGUGGCCGCGGCGUUUCAAACGCCGCAUGAAUGGUAGCUGAAGCGAUAGAGCAAACAUUUGAAUGGGGGUAAAAAAAAAAACGCCGAGCCGAGACGUCGUCCGGAGCUGUGAAAUUCCUUAAGGUCGUGUAACAUCGUGGCGCUCGUUUGUUCGUGUGCUAUCGACCGGGCCUGUGCACUAAAAGGAAAAAAGGUUUUCUGUGGAAAGAACAAAUAGUAGUCUCGGUCGUCACGAGUGUUCAGACAGACCACCGUUGCACUCGGAUGCUCGCUGGCGCGCCGACACUCGACGGCCGAGCUGUGAGCCACCCACCAGCAUUACAUGAACUACAUCCCAUACCUUCGAUUGCUCCGGCUGGCCCGCUAUCAGUGUAGCUAAUAUGCCUUUACGUCAAUUCUCAGUGUGUUAUUAUUUAAAACGCUUAAAUUUUAAGUCCGGAUCGUGACUGCUUGUAAAUAUAAUAGGACUGAUUGUGUUUACUUAUUUAUCGAAAUAAAUGUUAUUCAGAAAAUUUUAAACGUAGAUGUUAGAUGUAAAGUUGUAAUAAAAUGUUUUGUAUUUAAUAAUGGGUACCCGACCGUCGCUCUCUCGUGAUUAGCCAGUCGAUCUAGUUUUCAUAAUAAACUUCCUCUACUGAAAUUAUUCCCUUAAUAAUUGUUCUUGAUUAGAUAAAUUCAAAUGUUUCUGUGUAUCUGUUCGGUAUGAUUUGAGAGCUUUGUAAAUAUUAUUUUAAGUGUUGGCAUGUGAAUGAUGGAUUGAAUCUCUUGUUUUCGUAAAGUCGAUUUUCAAUCGAUGCUUCUUUGUCUUUUCUAUUUAAUUGCGUUAAAGAUUUAAAUUGUGAAUUCUUUUAAGUACCAGUAUAUAAAGGCCAUUAUUGUGUAAAAUAAUUUAUAAGAUCUGUGCCAUAUGUGUGGUGGCAAUGUAUGUAUUUGUGUUCGCAUUGUAAUAGUAGUAUAUUUAAAUGUCUAUGUAUGUUCACCUAUAGUAGAAAUUGCCCUUAUUUAUAUUAAGAAUAUGCUGAAUGUAGGCAAUAACCGUUUUCGAUGUAAUACAUACAAAUUUUAUCUAAAAAUUUAGAAAAUCCAAAAAGGCCCUUGUCCGUUUUUGGGCUAAUUUGAAAUCAAUAAAAGUUAUUAGUUAAAUGUAUCGUAUUGUCAUGUAUUCAUUUGUAUGUUGAUGUUGUAAAAAAAGCGAUUACCUCAAUCCGAAUAUUGAAUUUCAAUUUUUUCUACAGCUGUCAUAAUAAAUCUAUUGCAUAUUGUUCUUUUGCUAGUCGUAUAGUUAUUUUGGAACUCGAACAAUAUUCGGAUUUAGAAAAUCGUAGAAACAAAUAAAAAGCCAAAAAAAAAAAACAAUGUGAACGUAUAUCGUUGCUAUACAUUCCUAUAUAUUCCAUAGAAAGUAAUUGUUAAAAGACAUUUUAAAACAUUCCAAACACGUAAAAAUAGUGUAAUGAAAAUAUGCGCUUAGAUACAUUUAUUAAAUAUAUAUAUGUAAUUUGACGACGGCUCUUGUAUCGCUGCGUCAAAAUAUAAGUAUUCAAAUGCUGAAACCGAAACAUUAUAGCUAAGAAAAAUUACGAAAUUAAAUCAUAUUUAACACGCUGUA